CCCCACGCAUGGGCACCUUCAUCGGCGUCUACCUGCCCUGCCUGCAGAACAUCCUAGGUGUGAUCCUCUUCCUGCGCCUGACGUGGAUUGUGGGGGCGGCAGGCGUGCUCGAGUCCUUCCUCAUCGUGUCCAUGUGCUGCACCUGCACGAUGCUCACCGCCAUCUCCAUGAGUGCGAUUGCCACCAAUGGUGUGGUCCCAGCUGGAGGCUCGUACUACAUGAUAUCCCGGUCUCUGGGGCCCGAGUUUGGAGGGGCCGUUGGCCUCUGCUUCUACCUGGGCACGACGUUUGCAGGGGCCAUGUACAUUUUGGGGACCAUUGAGAUUUUUCUGACCUACAUCUCCCCCAGUGCAGCGGUCUUCCAGGCAGAGGCUGUGGAAGGCGAGGCGGUCGAGGGCGAGGCGGUGGCCCUGCUGAACAACAUGCGUGUGUACGGGACAUGCACUCUGGCGCUCAUGGCCCUGGUGGUCUUCGUGGGUGUCAAGUAUGUCAACAAGCUGGCCCUGGUCUUCCUGGCCUGUGUGGUGCUGUCCAUCCUGGCCAUCUAUGCCGGUGUCAUCAAGACCGCCUUCGAUCCCCCAGACAUCCCGGUCUGUCUCCUGGGGAACCGCACGCUGUCAAAACGCAGCUUCGACGUCUGUUCCAAGAUGCACGUUGUUGCCAACAACACGGUGACCACUGCGCUCUGGGGCCUCUUCUGCAACGGCUCCCGGCCCAGCGCCACCUGCGACGAGUACUUUGCACAGAAUAACGUCACCGAGAUCCAGGGCAUCCCGGGUGUGGCCAGUGGUGUCUUCCUGGACAACCUGUGGAGCACCUACGCAGACAAGGGGGCGUUCGUGGAGAAGAAGGGCGUGCCCUCGGUGCCCGUGCCGGAGGAGGGCCGCACCCGCGGGCAGCCCUACGUGCUCACCGACAUCAUGACCUGCUUCACCAUGCUGGUCGGCAUCUACUUCCCGUCGGUCACCGGGAUCAUGGCCGGCUCCAACAGGUCCGGUGACCUCAAGGAUGCCCAGAAGUCGAUCCCCACGGGGACCAUUUUGGCAAUUGUGACCACAUCUUUUAUUUAUCUCUCCUGCAUAGUGCUUUUUGGGGCCUGCAUCGAGGGCGUGGUCUUGCGAGAUAAGUUUGGGGAGGCUCUGCAGGGGAACCUUGUCAUCGGCAUGCUGGCCUGGCCAUCCCCAUGGGUCAUCGUCAUUGGCUCUUUCUUCUCCACGUGUGGUGCCGGACUGCAGAGCCUGACGGGGGCUCCCCGCCUGCUUCAGGCCAUUGCCCGCGACGGCAUCGUCCCCUUCCUCCGGGUGUUUGGCCACGGGAAGGCCAACGGGGAGCCCACGUGGGCUCUGCUGCUCACAGCCCUCAUCUGCGAGACGGGCAUCCUCAUCGCCUCCCUGGACAGUGUGGCCCCCAUCCUCUCCAUGUUCUUCCUCAUGUGCUACAUGUUUGUGAACCUGGCCUGCGCCGUGCAGACCCUGCUGCGCACGCCCAACUGGCGCCCGCGCUUCAAGUUCUACCACUGGACGCUGUCCUUCCUGGGCAUGAGCCUGUGCCUGGCCCUGAUGUUCAUCUGCUCCUGGUACUACGCACUCUUUGCCAUGCUCAUAGCCGGCUGCAUCUACAAGUACAUCGAGUACCGCGGGGCCGAGAAGGAGUGGGGUGACGGUAUCAGGGGCCUGUCGCUGAAUGCCGCCCGCUACGCACUGCUGCGCGUGGAGCACGGCCCCCCACACACCAAGAACUGGAGGCCACAGGUGCUGGUGAUGCUGAACCUGGACACAGAGCAGCGUGUGAAGCACCCACGCCUGCUGUCCCUCACCUCGCAGCUGAAGGCCGGCAAGGGCCUGACCAUCGUGGGCUCGGUGCUGGAGGGGACCUACCUGGACAAGCACGAGGAGGCGCAGCGCGCCGAGGAGAAUAUCCGGACGCUGAUGGGCGUGGAAAAGACCAAAGGCUUCUGCCAGCUGGUGGUCUCCUCCAGCCUACGGGACGGCAUGUCCCACCUGAUCCAGUCUGCCGGCCUGGGGGGCAUGAAGCACAACACAGUGCUCAUGGCCUGGCCCGCGUCCUGGAAGCAGGCUGCCGGCCCCUUCUCCUGGAAGAACUUUGUAGACACCGUCCGUGACACGACCGCGGCACAGCAGGCCCUGCUGGUGGCCAAAAACAUCGACGCCUUCCCGCAGAACCAGGAGCGCUUCAGCGAGGGGCACAUCGACGUGUGGUGGGUCGUGCACGACGGCGGCAUGCUCAUGCUGCUGCCCUUCCUGCUGCGCCAGCACAAGGUGUGGAGGAAGUGCCGGAUGCGCAUCUUCACGGUGGCACAGGUGGAUGACAACAGCAUCCAGAUGAAGAAGGACUUGCAGACCUUCCUGUACCACCUGCGCAUCAGUGCCGAGGUGGAGGUGGUGGAGAUGGUUGAAAAUGACAUUUCUGCGUUCACCUACGAAAAGACGCUGAUGAUGGAGCAGAGGUCCCAGAUGCUGAAGCAGAUGCAGCUGUCCAAGACCGAGCGGGAGAGAGAGGCCCAGCUAAUCCACGACAGGAACACUGCGUCCCACACUGCGGUGGCCAGCAAGACCCAAGCCCCGCCCACGCCGGACAAGGUGCAGAUGACCUGGACGAAGGAGAAGCUGGUCGCCGAGAAGCACAGGAACAAAGAUGCCGGCGUGACUGGGCUCAGAGACCUCUUCAGCCUGAAGCCAGAGUGGGGAAACCUGGACCAGUCCAACGUCAGGAGGAUGCACACGGCCGUGAAGCUCAAUGGCGUUGUCCUCAGCAAGUCCCAGGAUGCCCAGCUGGUCCUGCUGAACAUGCCAGGGCCCCCCAAGAACCGCCAAGGAGAUGAGAACUACAUGGAGUUUCUCGAGGUCUUGACCGAGGGGCUGAACAGAGUCCUCCUGGUCAGGGGCAGCGGCCGGGAGGUGAUCACCAUCUACUCCUAAAGCUCACAGCAUCGGCAGGCACUGGGACGGGCGCGGACGCUGCCGGCAGCCUGUGGCCAGGCUCGGACUGGAGGGGACGGACACAGACGCGCCUGCCGCUCAGCGCUUCCCAGCCUGUCACCUGGGGCUGUCCUCUCCCGACUGAAGGCAUCCAGAUGGCCCCACACCACAGCAGAGAGCCAGCGUGGGGCUGGAACGGUUUCCUCGUGGCCGGGGGAGAGGCUGCUGCCCCGGGUGACCAGGAGCAGUGGCCACACCUUCAGCCUUCAGAUUCUAGAAUUGCUUCUCCUCGGCUGGACCUGCCUGGUCUGCAGCGGUCACGUUCAUUUCUACCCUUCCAGAACGUUCACGGGAGCACGUGGGUACUGAAGCUGCAUGGCUGAAGCGUCAGCCUGUGGCUCCAGGUUCCCUGCGGGUUCCUCGGACAGCCUCCCAGUCUGUCGUUGUUCCUUUGAGUGUCUUUGUUUCUGUAAAUUGACGCUGUGAGGGGAAGGACUCUGUGCACGCCUGAGGUCGGCGCGCCUGCCUGCGUGGGGCCGUCUGGCCCGUCGAUUGACCCACGCUUCAUAAGCAGAGGCACGGGCUGCGGCCUUCCGGAAAGGAAGCCCAGGAUUUGGGGAAUACGGGCGGAUCAUGUCAGGUGGCCGUGUGGGUACAUGGCGGUCAUGUGCUAGUCUAGGUUUACACUCUGCGAAGCUGCCCAGAGGGGCUCUGCCAGGCCCAGGCUGUGUCUGCAGCUCCUUUUGCCACUGAAAACCAGUCACUUUUCAUAAGCACUGACAGGGUAUCCCGGAUUGCUGAAUGUGCCGGAGCCCAGGGUGCCACGUGCAGAUGCCGUGCCUACCCCUCACACUCCAGGGAGGGAAAUGUAGCCUCAGCCGCGGGCACCGAGUGUGUCUGUCCGGGUCCCGUGUGUCCUCUGCCACGGGCGUGUGCCUUGCAUUGAGGUCACAUUGGCACUUUGCCAUGUUUUAUAGGCUCCUUCUGUUUUAUAGGCUGUGACCAUGUUCGCAGGUUAUGGCUGUGACUUGUGCCUCACCUUCUGUAUGGCUUAUUUAUUUAUUUAAACACCCUGGGGGAGUUUGCAUGGUAGUUAAGUUGCCUAUAGAGAGAUUGCUCUAUGCAAGAGGCCGCACAUGUCAGGCCCAUGGCCGGCUCUGGUCUCCAUGGAUUUGCAAGAGAAUCUCCUGCGUCCGCUCAGUUCAGAUGAGAACAGACGCUAAGCUUGUGCUUCUAGGCAUUUCUGAGGAGCUGUCGGGCAGCACAGAGGGCCAGCUUGCUGUGGUGACCACUGGCCAGAGCGUGUCCCAGAAGCACAGUGGGGCUCAGAGGUUUCUGUAUUUUCUGCCCAUCUUGGUAGGUGCUGAGUUCCGCAGCAAAAGUCACUCCCAUGUCCGGGCAGGGCCAGGAGACCUCCGAGGCCUUGCAUCUGGAGCAGAGCAGCCUAGAGGCAUAAGUGGUAUGUCGGUCAGCGGCUGGAAGAUACCCCCGUGUAAUGGGACACUUCUCCCAGGUCGUGCAGGAUGCUGCGGGUCUGCUGUGUGCAGGCCCUGCCCAGGCCUGCCCCACUGUGUGAGCACCAGCCUCCCUGCGUCGCUGUAGCUACAGCCAUUUAACACUGAUUUCACUUUUGUAGAUUCCUAUGUUGGUGUGAUUUUGUUAGUAGAAGAAUGAAAUCCCAUAAAAUCUGAGUAUUUUGAAGAAUCUUGUAUGUCUCAUUCAGCAUUAAAAUUAAACAGUUGGAGAAAAUGCACCUGU